AUGUCCUCCACGCCAACAACGCCCCCUGAAAAAAGCGAGAAGAGAGCAGGAAAGGCCAAGGUCCCCCCUGGGGCUUCAUGGAAGGAAGCCGAGACACAUGUACUGCCCAAGAACAAUCUGGCUAUCGUCUUUUCAGGACUCAUGGCAUGUGUCUUCUUGGCUGCCAUCGAUCAAACAAUUGUCGCGACUGCGCUACCCACGAUUGUUAGUCAGCUUGGAGGUGGGAGGGAUUACAGCUGGGUUGGCUCAGCCUACCUGCUGACCGCUGCAGGCCUUUCACCGCUAUAUGGAAAACUUUCCGACCUCAUUGGGAGAAAGGGCAUUCUAUACACUUCAAUCGUCGUCUUUCUGAUCGGAUCUGCGCUAUGUGGCGCUGCACAAAGCAUGACUAUGUUGAUUGUAUCACGGGCCGUGCAGGGUAUCGGUGGAGGGGGAAUAAUCCAACUCGUCAACAUCAUCAUCAGUGAUAUCGUUUCUUUGCAAGAACGAGGGAAAUAUGGCGGCCUUAUGGGAGCAACAUGGGGUAUUGCCAGCGUAAUUGGCCCUCUUCUAGGAGGGGUAUUCACAGACCACGUUUCAUGGAGAUGGUGCUUCUUUAUCAACCUACCCACGGGCGGAGUUGCUGUCGCAAUCCUGUUUUUCUUCCUGAACUUGAAUCCUCACCAAGGAAAGACUUUCAAGCAGCAUGUGGAAGAAUUUGACUUCGUCGGUUUGUUCUUGAUCGUAUCCGGCGUCGUGCUAUUGCUUCUUGGGUUCAAUGAGAGCGAGACCAGCUGGUCGUCGAAGGAGACAAUCGCGUUUUUGACAGUCGGAGCUGUGCUUCUGGUCGUUGGUGCCGUUAACGAGACUUUCACAAAGAGAUCACCCAUCGUGCCUCCACGUUUGUUCCAGACGCGAACAACUGGGAUUAUCCUGGUUACAACCUUCCUGCACGCUGUAGCUUUCUUUUCGGGAGCCUUCUAUCUUCCCCUGUACUACCAAGUUCUUGGAGCGUCUGCGACAAAGGCUGGUGUAGAGAUGCUCCCGUACUCGCUUGGAUGUGCACUGCUCUCGGCUGUGUCUGGUGUGCUAGUGUCCCGCACCGGUAAAUAUCGGCCUGUAAUGUGGGUUUCGUUCGCCAUCUUCACCCUCGGGAUGGGUCUUAUGAUCAUGCUGGACGGUACCUCAACAACCGCCGAGAAGGUCGUAUAUCCUUUGAUUGCAGCUAUCGGUCUUGGCUGCUUGUUCCAGACUCCUCUCAUCGGUUUGCAAGCUGCCAUGCCCAUCAGAGACAUGGCAACCAGCACAGCAACGUUUGGGUUCAUCAGGACACUUGGAGGAACUGUUGGGAUCUCCAUUGGUCAGGCCAUCUAUUCCAGUACGCUAGCCAAGAAGGUUGCCCACAUACCGAAUGCCGACAUCGACACGUCCCCUGCCGCGCUUAGCCAGAGCGUGUCCCACUUAAAGUCCAUUCCAGAUCCUGUCCUACGAGCGGCUAUCAUCGACGCAUACACGAGGUCGAUUAGUACCAUUUGGUUGGUCAUGACGCCCAUGUUAGGCGCCUGUUUCAUUAUGGUGCUGUUCCUGAGAGUAUAUAGUCUGAAGCGCACGACUGUCCGGGCUGGAGAGCAGACAAUGGCCGCUGAUGGUGACGAUCCGGAGAAGGGUACCAUAGGGGAGGCAGAACAGUCUCGCUCGCCCAUCGCAGGAGAGGACGACUCGAAGACUGAGCUUGACGUCAGCGUCGACAAUGCCAGAUCAUCGACGGAGAAGGAAAAGUUUGAAGUGGACGACGCCAGCGUGCGCCCAGCUACAAGUUCGGCCGAAUUGAAGAAUGGAAGCACGAGAGGAGUAUGA